CGUGUCUAUACUCUUAGUGCGUACCUACUGCAUAUUCUUAUGUAAUGCGUGUAUGUUUAAUUAAAUUGUUAUAAAACAUUGUUAUUAGUUAUCUGUAAGUCUGUGAAUUUAUUGAUCGUGUAUUCGCAUUUCGCCGUGUCACGUGUUGGACGCGUACAGCAAGCGGCAUUAUAUGUAAGUACCUACCUACAUUUAUUACAUAUUUAUAUAUUAUAUAUUCCACAUAAUGAAUAUUAUGAACUAAUAUACACUAUACAGUAUACACUUAUAAGCGUGAUUCGUAAGUCAAAAUCACUAUUUUUAAUUACGUGCUAUUUUUCACUAUGUUAUUCAGUCAACAAAUCUAUAGAUGGACGACUUUACAGAAACUUUGUUGAAAGAAUGGGGCUCGGAAUGGGGAAUUGAUGAUAAUACGAUAAAUAUUUUCAAAGGUUAUGAAGAUAAAUUAUUAUGGCUUAAAAACAAUACAGAACCCAUGCAAACACUUCAAACUUUCUGGAUAGAAACUAUUGAAUACCGGCAAAAAAAAAAAGAAAAUUUAAUAGAACUCUAUCCUGGUCUUCAAAGACCUACAGGAUAUAUUUUGAUUGAACUUGAUUUCCAGCAUUUAUAUCCAAACAAAGAAUUUUUACUUCUGAAUAAAAUUGAUGAUUUUAAAGUUCAACUCAUAAAAUACAUAGACAAAUUUAAUUUUCAAUUUGGAGUUCAACAUUUCAAUACUGUUAGAGAAUUAAAGAAUCCUUCAAAACCUGGUAACGACUAUGUAUCAAUUUUAAAAUUACUUCCUUUAUUGUUUCAACCAAUAACUAUAAGACUAAACAAUAAAAGAAAAAAAGAUUGCAUGCCAUCAGUUUGGAGACCAUCAAAAGUGGAGCAAGCUGCUGCUUUUAUAACAUUUAUACCUGAUGUUGGUGAAUUGAAAACAUUACACAACUCAAAAAUAGAAAAAGCUCUACAAUUUGGGUUGACAUUGCAACCGUAUGUAGUAAUUGUUGGUUCAACCGAAAUAUUUACAGUUGUUAAUAAUAUUUAUUUUAAAUUGAAAACACCACUGAAAGGCCUGGACGUAUGUAUCAAAACAUUUUUUUCUUUAAAUGUACACUAUCCUGCUGAAAGUGAGCAGGUAUGGUUUUUCAUACAGAAAUAUUUUUAUGACAUAAAUCUUAAAUCGUAUAAAAACAUAUUAUCAGUACAAACUCUAAUAAAUGAUUUGAGUAACAUAUAAUUAUAUUUUGAUAUAAUU